UUUUCACAGAACAAACGCAUACAGAGAGAGAAAAGAGGGGAUUAUGGCGACACUUAUCAUGAGCAACCCAUCGUUGGUGUUCCUCCCAAGUCGACUCCGUAACUCGAGGCAUUGUUUCUUCGAAUCCCGUGGUGCACGAAUCUUUGAUAAACUCGUUUUCGCUGUAAAAGCUCGAGCUUCUUCUUCUUCUUCAACCACCUUUGUCGAAACCAAGCCUCCAACUGAUCCUAUUUUGGUUGAAAAGGAGGCUGGUACCAGAGAGAAUAUUUUAGCGUGUCCCAUAUGCUACGAGUUGUUAACGUCUAUUGGUAAUCCAGGCAUAUCUUUAGAGUUUGCCACGGGGUCUACUUUGCAAUGUAGAACGUGUAAGAAGUCUUACUCUGGCAACGGCACACAUCUUGACCUGACGGUGGCUAGUGGGGCCAAGGACUAUGGUGAAUCAAUGCCGGCUUCCACGGAGCUUUUCAGGUUUCCUUUGAUAUCGUUUCUAUACGAGAGAGGGUGGCGUCAAAGCUUUUCCGUGUGGGGUGGUUUUCCAGGGCCAGAGAAAGAGUUUGAAUUGAUGAAGGAUUUCUUGAAGCCAGUUUUAGGUGGAAAUAUUGUUGAUGCUAGUUGUGGGAGUGGGUUAUUUUCAAGACUAUUUGCCAAGAGUGGAUUGUUUUCUCUUGUCGUUGCUUUAGACUACUCAGAGAACAUGUUGCGGCAAUGCUAUGAAUUUGUUAACCAGGAGGAAAACUUUCCGAAAGGGAGCUUAAGCUUGGUCAGAGCCGAUAUCUCUAGGCUUCCUUUUGUUUCAAGUUCUGUUGAUGCUGUGCAUGCCGGUGCUGCUCUACACUGUUGGCCUUCACCAUCAGCAGCUGUAGCUGAAAUAAGUCGAGUUCUGCGACCUGGAGGAGUGUUUGUUGCUACCACCUACAUACUUGACGGGCCUUAUGCUUUUAUUCCACUUCUGAGGACCCUACGCCAGAAUAUAAGUGAAAUAUCAGGCAGCUACAUCUUCCUAUCUGAACGGGAACUAGCAGAUCUGUGCAGAGCAUGUGGUCUGGUUGGAUUUACAUGUAUAAGGAAUGGACCUUUUGUGAUGAUCUCUGCUUCAAAACCCAGCUAAGAAUUGGGCAUGUGCUGAUCUUCAUCACGUCCUCUCAAAUUAUUUCUUUGUAAAGCCACAUUUACAUAAAAUGCUGUUGCCAAAGUUCAGAUAUAAUAAUAGGUCUACCUAAGGUAUCUUGUCUUGUUACUCCUGUAAAUGAAAUAUUUUAAAAAGGUGCAACAUAUGGAUAGAGCUUAUAACUCGUGUUUAAUUUUUA